GACCAGUGCUGGGAUCGCGAAGUCCAAGUGUCUCUGCCGAGACGAUAUUUUAUUAGUUUCCGUUGCCUGAAGCUCCAUGGCGACACAAUUCCUGUCCUUUCUCAUACCAUCUAUCUUCUCCCUCAGAGCUCGGUUGUCAUUGUAUGGGACCUCGGUCAUCCUGGUCAUGCUUUUUAUAUGACACUCGGCACUCUAACGUAGCGCAAGACGCAUCUUUCACACUUUAGGUCCUACCACUCAACAUGACGCAUUCCGGCCCCCGACCCGUUGCCGUCGCUCUCGUCUUUUCACCUGAGACUCAACGUUUGUUGAUGGUCACCAGUAGGAAGCACACAGAUAUGUGGAUACUGCCGAAAGGAGGCAUUGAACAUGGUGAAACCUCAUUAGCUGCUGCCAUACGGGAAUCAUGGGAGGAAGCUGGGAUCCCGAAGGAGACCAAGGGGAAUGAUGAGACUCCACUACUGGUGAUCAACCUAGAUCCGGAAGGCAGUAAAAGUCAGCGAGCAGCCAAGUGUUUCGUGCACGUUGUCAAGGUCUCAGAGAUAGCAGUUGGCGAGGUACAAAGCUGGCCAGAAUCCCACGAGCGCCGGCGGGCAUGGGUGAGCUUGCCAGAAUCCUUGGAUCGAAUACGAUCCUGGUACUCUGAUCCAGCGCUUUAUUACAGUGACAUCGGCCGCGCCGGCAUAGUUGAGGGCAGUGAGGCGCAUCUAAGGGGACGUAAAAAAGAUCAGAAAGGAGUAGCUAUGGAGCUGGCCGUCCGGGCUCUCGCAAAAGCAGAAGGAUUGAGCAUAUCAUGAUACACCGGGGAUAACCUAUCUGAACUCAUCUAUCACCCACGGCUUCCGACCCCCUUAGCUAUCAAGCUAGGAGUGGUCUUCCUGUAACUGAGACUGAUGGCUCUCGCCUGACAUUGCUCAUCUCAG